GUGGUGUCUCAUGCAAUAGAUGGAACCCGCGAUUGCAUCGACUGUCAACGGUGGAGAGAUAUGCGCCAUGGAGACGGAGGACAUUCUGAAGGGUUUUGCAGAUGGCAGCAAGGAAGGGAAUUCGGCUGGAGGGAACAACGCAGACUGUGCAGAGGUGCUUGCGACAAUAUGUGCACAGACUGCAGAGAUGAUGGGUGAUCGUGAUGAAACAAAGAAUGAUGCAGGAGGGAGCACUUGUGAGACGGAAACGGUUGGGGAAGAGAGCGAGGAGGGAGGUCUGGGAAGCAGGGAAUCUCUGACAGGAGUAUUAAGGUUGAACGAUGGGGCAAUAGCAGAGGUAAAAGGGCGAUAUGCAUUGGACAUGUGGCGUGUUCUGGAGGCGCAGGGCGAGUUCAGGCUGAACGAUUUUUUGUGCGACAGUUUUGAUUGCGGACAGACAUGGGUGAUUGGCGGGAACGACGCAAGAGGGAGUACGGCGUGCCACGAGAGCGAUGCGAGGAGGGAUCCUAGGUGGGGUUGGGUGCCAUAUGUGAUCCCGAUUCCAUGUGGCCGUGUGAGGAUCAUGAUGCGUGAUGCCAUGGGAAAUGUCUGGAGCACGCAUUAUGUGAAUGGCAACUUCUCCUUCAGGCACCUCGACAGGGAGGUCUCAGAAGAUGAGAAGAAGGCAAUGGCAUUUCCUACCCAUACUGCUGGCUGCUUUUUCCCGCCGCUUCGGAACCUUAUAGAGUCGGAGGUGGUUGAAGGAAAAGUUUUCACUGACAUUGUGGAGCAUCGGCAGUUCCUCGUGGUUCUGGCACGUGUCUCAAUUUUCGAUGUGAAUGUAAAGGACCACGUGCUGAUGGUUGAACACGCAAAGCAUUGCUGGGAGAAGAUAAGGGAGGAGGAGCGUCAGAUGGUGUGCGCGGGUUAUGACUCCAUGGCUGACCAAGGGAUGUGGUCCAUGGUUGAGGGGAGUUGUACGGGCCAAGAGUACGACGACGGUGAGAACAGAUACAUGGCUCGCACAGUUGCACGACCGUUCUUGGUUGUGUCCUGGUCGCCGUUCUUGCGUCUCGUGCGCGAGGUCGUGGAGGAGGACAUUGCUCCGGGUAUGGGCGUGAGGUUUCAGAUGACGGCGGUGCGUGCUUUGAUGAAGGCUGCCGAGGCGUACCUGGUCGCCAAUUUCGAGAACACCAACGAGGUGGCCAUCCAUUCGAAGAGGGUGACGAUCCAGGUCAGGGACAUGAGACUGGUGGAUAGGUUGUCGAAGCCUCGCUGGGUUGAGAAAUAUCAAGGUAUGUUGGACGAGAAGGCGAGAGCUGAGGAGAGACAGCAACGGAUAGAGGCCAGACAUGCGGAAAGGGAUGGCAGCAGAGUAGGGGCGAAGAAGAGGAAAGCAGUGCCACGUAAGGGGGGGUCCGCGAAAAAAAAGGCAGCUUGAGAAUUCCACUGUGUGUGCUGCAUAACGGUUGUCCUGUCCAAUCG